UUCAAAGACAAAACCUCCAUCACCGCCAACCUCACCUCCACCACCACCGACGAAACCCCCGACCGACCCCCCCAAACUGAUCUCAAUCCUGCCCCCCUCCGCCCCGGUCCCAAACUCCGCAAACGCUGCGGCUCCAACACGGUGAUUUGCUCCGGGAAACACGGCGCUGACGUGCCCGUGUGCGAGACCCUAGUCCGGGGCGUCUUCCCGGUGCAGUCCGAGAUGAUUCCGGAGGACAAUGACCACCGAUCCAUCUGCCUCGAGCUGAGAGCCUUGCUGUGGCUCAGAGAGCUUGACGGGUCUGGGCCAGGAUGUGGCCUACCAAUCCAGUUCAAAUCGGCCAUGAACAGUAUUCCAGUCCUUCGCCGGGUGCGUUCUCGUUGCACUACCAAUAAGCCAGUUCAAACAGUUGAUAUACACCCUCAAAUUCGACGUUUAGGCAGAUUUUGUGGUUUCAGAAACAGCCUUGUUGGGUAUUGCCUUCGUCGAGGAGUGGCCUACGCUCUGUCCGAGCAAACCACAACGGACAACCGACAAUUCUUGAUGGGUCAUACGAAAGCGUCAUCAUACUGGCUCUAUCACCCCCAGACGUCGACUAUUGACUUCCCUGCCAUGUUCAGAGGAUUGAGCCAACGACUUCUAGAAGCAACAAUGCCCCGCAGGUCAUCUCGGACGAGGCUAACGUACGGAUCCGACGAAGGCCAGAGAUCAACUCGAUGGCAACGACGAGUUCAACUUUUCGAAGAUGGCCCAGAUAAUGAUGACAGCAAGGACGAGGAUAGCCAGCAUGAGGUCGGCCAAGACGUUUUCGUGGCCAUCCGCCGACACAAUGUUACUACCCAGCGAUCAAAGAGGGGGGUCCACAGGAUCAAGUACCCAGUAACUUCAGCCUACAGAGAUGUCCUGGAGGAACUCAAACAAGCCCAAGGAAGUGAGACAAACACUGCCGAUGUCCUGAUGAAGUGGUUCAAGAUCUGCCAUGGCAUUGAUGAUUUUGCUCCUGGAGAAGAGUCCUUACCAGGGCAGUACAAGUGCAGGUUCUGCUACCAAGACCUGACACAAGUGCAUAAAGCACAUGGGCAUGUACACUCUUGUGCCAAAACCAACGAAUUGGGCAUCCAAAAA